AUGAUUGCAGCUUCGUGCGUAACCGACCAGGUGCAUGACGAGAAGAUCGAGAUGACAUAUUUGGACGCCGGUAUUGUACUGCAUCCCUCUACGAGUAAUGUUGGCGGCCAAUUCUCCUUUGAGAAUGCAUCUAUAGGCACAACCACAACUGUGGAUUGGACGCUAGGUGACUGGGCAUUUGCCGAUACCAUCGCAGAUCCGGAACCAACUGAGUACAACCUGGGACAGUGGGCAUUUGCUAACGCGAACAUGGCUACACAUAACGAGGUUAUGUUAGGGGAUUGGGCAUUUUCUCACGUGGACUCAACAUCUGACAAUAACUGGAUAUUAGCUUCUACAGCUGCGAACGAUGGUGCAAACGACGAGCCAGAACCACCUGACGCGGUUCCCGAAGUGUCCCUCAUUGCAACUUCUACAGAUAGUGCGAAGAAAGAGCCAAGGGGUGCACAAGAUCCAGGAAACACAGUGUUCCCCGUCCUUGGAGCCAACAGCUUGGUAAUUGAAGUGAAAAGUUGCUAG